AUGGCACUCCUCGACAAGCGCUUCUACCGACCGCUGCACAUCUUCAGCGUGGGCCUCUGCUCGGUGCUCACUGUGAAGCUCGUCCUCUUCACGGAGUACAAGAGCCCCAUGGGUCUGCCGGAUCAAGAGCAUGUGUUCACUGGGAUUCAAAAGUACACGCAGGAACAAUUGGACAAGUUCUUCAAAGUCGACGAAGUUGCACAGCAGCGAAAACAACAAGCCGCCAAGAACGACGCCGACAAAUAA